CGCGUGCCUUUUGCCGGAAGUGCGUGGCCUUAAAGACAUGGCGCAACUGUGGAUCACGUCGGUGCCUGUGUUGUGUGUUCAUAGUUCUUAUUUUUAUGUUGCAUUGUUGGCCACUGCCUUCACAUUUGAAUUUGGUUCUGGUUCAGAGCAAUCGGAUCAAAAUGCAUUUCGUGCUGGAAAUUUGGUGUCGCCGGGUGCAGCGACAGCACGAGAUGUACGCUACUUGCUUUAUGACGUGAAUCCCCCCGAGGGCUUCAACCUGCGUCGUGACGUGUACAUCCGCAUGGCAUCCUUGCUGAAGACUCUGAGGAAGCAGGAGGACUGGGUGCUGGUGCUGCCCCCCUGGGGUCGCAUGUACCACUGGCAGAGUCCUGACAUCCACCAAGUGCGCAUCCCCUGGGGAGCUUUCUUCAGCUUGACGAGCCUACAGGCCAAUGUGCCUGUACUUGAAUACGAGGAGUUCAUUGCAGAAUCUGGCGGGCCCUUCAUUGAUCAGGUGCUGGUGUUGCAGAACUAUGCCGAGGGCUGGACCGAAGGAGAAUGGGAAGAGAAGGUGGAUGAGCGGCCCUGCAUCGAUCGGCUCAUGUACACAGGAGACAAACAAGGCUACCACAGAGGCUGGUUCUGGGGUUAUGACGAGACCCGUGCUCUCAGUGUAACCUGUCUGUCUGUUCAGGGCCAUGCCUCCAUCUUGGCCCCCUUCUUACAGAAAAACAUCACAGCUGCCUCUGUGUUGCUGGACAGAGCUGAGACUCUCCUCCAUGAUCAUUAUGCUGGAAAAGACUACUGGGAUACACGGCGGAGCAUGGUGUUUGCCAAGCAUCUGCGCGUCGCUGGUGACCAGUUCAGAGCCAAGUACCUGAACUCCACUGACGAGCAGGACCACACCCCAUUCAGCGAGGACUGGACACGCAUGAGGACCAAGCUGGGCAGCGCCAAAGGAGGGCCAUAUUUGGGUGUCCACCUGCGUAGAAAGGACUUCAUUUGGGGCCAUCGGGAGGACGUGCCCAGUCUCAAGGGGGCAGUGAAGAAGAUCCGUAGCAUCAUGAAGAAGAACAAGCUGGAGAAAGUCUUUGUUGCCACUGAUGCGGUGGAAGAAGAGGUUUCCAGGCUGAAGAAAAUGUUGCCUGAGAUGAUACAGUAUGAGCCUAGCUGGGAGGACAUCGAGCUCCUCAAAGACGGUGGGGUUGCCAUCAUAGAUCAGUGGAUCUGUGCCCAUGCCAGGUAUUUCAUUGGGACCUCAGUUUCAACCUUCUCAUUCCGCAUUCAUGAAGAAAGGGAGAUCUUGGGUUUUGACCCGAAAACCACUUACAAUCGCUUCUGUGGUGAUGCAGAGAAAGAGUGCGAACAACCUACACACUGGAAAAUAGUGUACUGAAUAUCUCCGAUCAAGUGAAAACAACCUACGGCUGCACAACCACAUAGUGUUUGUUUAAUUUCAGCAGAAAGAUUUAAAAAGAAAAGAUUGGAUGAGACUGGUUAAAAAGACUAGGUGUUCCAUGGUUCUCUCACAUACAGUGGUUAUCAUUUAUUAGGAACAGGUUAAGGAAUGGUGUGCUCUGAGUGAAACCUAACAAACUCCCAUGUCCUUUGCUAGGUCUGUCCUUAAAUGCUGCUGUGCUAUGUUCAUACUGUAGAGUGAGAAAAUCUACAUGUUUACCUCUGUGAGUGAGCAGGCAGUGUUCUUGAUGCUCUUUGAUAAAGAGUUUGCUGAAAUGUAGUUCUGUUUUUUGUUUUUUUUUCCAUGAAAUAUGUUCAGGAAAUAUGAUUUGACAGUAUUUUCUGGUGCUUUGUCUGAAAACACUUUGGGUAUUGGAACUGUAAAACAGCUUCUUAUAUGAUGUGGACAUACAUUACAGUGACAAACUGACAAAUUGGCUCAUAUUUGCCAGUGUUGUACUCUGCGUUCACUCACCUUGUUGUGCCCUUCUGCGGUUUUUACCGCAUUAUUGUUUACCAUUAAAUUCAUUUUGGCAAUGAAAUAUUUCCCCUUUUAAAGGCCAUGUAAUAUUACAUGAUACAUGUACUUUCACUGCAUUUCUUGAGUGCUGUCAUUAUUACUGGGCAAUGCUCUAAAGCCAAUUGCUUUUUUCUGUCUUCCCAAAUCAUGAAUUAAUUUAGUUUUCCCAGAGGGAGUGAAAGGUUUUUUAAAUCACUGAUUUUUAUUGUUGGAAUGUUGUGAAUGUGACACAUAUAUAGAUUCGCUAUGAUAGCUCAGUCUUCUGUUACAUUUGGAGGAAGAACCUUUUUUUUUGUUUGUUUGUUUUUGUUUGUUUGUUUUUGUUUUUUUACAAUUGUGGAUUAAAAAAGUAUCUUUUUAAAACUUCAA